AUGUCCAAUAAAGACAUUUAAAAACUGCAAUCUCUAUUUCAAAUAAACAACAGUGUUGUUUAAGAGUAUUUGGGAAUUAGGUUGAUAAAUUAAACUCUUAUUGAUUAGGUAAUUGCCCACAUGAUUACUUAUGUAGUUGGUGAAUAGUGAUAGUGCUGGGGAGGUUCAGAAAAUCAAGAAAAUUGAAGGCUGCAAAGAUUGGGACAAAUUGAAACAUAAACUGUUGGCCUACUUUGUGGCUUCCCAAUUAACCUAUGGCAAACCUAUUCACAAAUACAUCCAAUAAGCAUACGAGGACUUUCUAAUUAAAUACCAUAUUUUCUAUGAAGGCUUAAUCGAAUUUCAAACCUGCUCCAUGUUGAACCAAUAUCUCCUCCUAAAACAGAAAUUACUUAAAGACGAUUGCAAUCUCAAAAUGGAAUUUCGUAAAUUGAUCAACAUGCUCAUUUGGAAAACCAAUCAAUUGCAUUUUCUAAUUCGAAUUAUCAUCGGUUACAUAGGCUAUGUCAAAAUAAGCAAGCAAAUUGGCAACGUGGAGAGAGUCUUCGAACAAAUAGCCAAGUUAAUUGAGAAAUCCCUCAAAAAAGGAGCCAAUUACAGUCAUUUAUUAUUCAAAAUGGAUGUCGAAUUGUUUUCCUCCUAUUGGAAUAAAAUACUCAAAGUCAGUAACAACGACACCAAUGCCAUCGUCCUGAUUCAAUUGUUACAAUAGUCUCAAUUCUACUUCAACGAUUAUAAGUUUCAGAGUGAUAUUAUAAAGACACUGCAAAUAAUUCAGUAAGCCAAGCUCUCCAUCAAUUCACAGUCGCAAGUAAAUGAAGAGAGCAAGCCCAAAAGCUAAAUUAGGAAACCCAUUCUGUAGAUUAAUAACUUGAUGCCCCAAGAAGUUCCUAAGGAAUCGACCAAAACUACCAAUAGGUAUUCGGAUUUGGGGAAAAUAGUUAAAACAGAGCAAACUCAAACGUCAGCCACAAGCAAAAGAAUAAUCAAGGCUUCUGCAUCUAAACUCCUUAAUACUCAAUAUCAACACAUCGAAGAGGAUCCCAUUUUCUAAAUCCAAGUUGAAAAUUACCACAUCAAUAAGAUUGUCAGAAAAGGAUGCUUUAAAAUCUAAAAACCAGUGACCUUGUCUACAUGCACUUGUAUACAUUUGUAUUAUCAUAGAAAGAUACAAAACUCAGCCCUCUGCUUAAGAAGAUUUACCAUUACUUACCUUCCAAGACUUCGAAUAAGAUCACCAGGACUCAAUUCUUGAAUUACCAUCUCCUGUCAAACCAGCUACUGAAUCAGAUCAUAAGAUUUCUGGCAAGGAUCACAGCAUUACACAUUCUUAAUCAUCUCAAGGGAAAAUUGAUAAGUUGAACAAUCUCAGCAAUCCCUAUAAACUGAAGAACCUGAUUAGUUCUAGAUUCCAAUAAAUCCUCGACAUAGCUUAACUGAGUGCAUCUUCUACGCCCAAGAAUGCGGAUCUAGGUAAAUCUAUUAGAAGAUAAAAAACCAUAUCGAUCAAAAAAGAACACAAGGAAUUUCAAUUACAACCACAACAACUUUCAAUUCCCUUGAUACAACAGAUACCUUCCUAAAAAGAUCCAGAUCCAUAGACUUCGGAAAGAAGGAGAAGUGGGAUGGUCGUGAGUUCACCUGAUGCUGCCUCUCAAAUCAGUCAAGCCAUCUAAAAGUCUAGUCUUAUUGAGAGUAUCCCCACCAAAUCACAGAUAAUCAUUGCAAUACCCUAAUCAGUCUAAUAAUAGUAGCAGCAGCAAUAGAACUAAUAACAAACUCAACAGCAGAAUCCUAAACGACCUCAAAGAAGGAACAUCUUGACUUUAAGGACUGCCACAACCUUCUUUAUGGAAUAAUCCAAUACUUAUAUCCCGAAGUUUUAAUUUUCAUUGUGUUAUCACAGUAGAACUAUUUUAUGGUCAUGUUGUCUAUAGAUAGCAUCAUCAGAUAACAUUCUUAUAUCAUUCUAAGAUACCACAAAUAACAAAAUAGUUUAUAGGGCUUAAUUGUAGAAUUUAUAGAUUGAUAAUAUCAAAAAUUGGGCUCAAAUAAUUGAGGUCUUUAUUAAGGAGUACCAAUCAUAAGCUUCUCAAUGCUUACCUUACUUGCGUUAUAAUGAAACAAUGAGCAAUAGGAAUGGUGAUAACUACAAUUUUAUUAUGUUUCCCAAGUAUUAAUUCGAACUGACCAAAAAUGAGAUAGAGCAAAUGGGAAUUCUGAAGGAUUUGUUUAGAUGGAUGUAUACAACUUAUUUAUACGAAUAAAUCAACAUCACUGGGAUCAGAUUGAAGUUGUAUUCGGUCGAAAAAGACAAAACUCUGAAUGCAUAUAGAGAGUUGAUCAAUGUGGUCAAUCUUUAUAGAAGGAUGAUCAUCUAAUCGACUUUGUGUGAUGAGAAGGAGAAAUUCCACUUACUAAUUCGCAGUUAUGGAGGUAUCACUUAAUGUUUUCUAUUAUAAUAGAGUGUAUAAAGAACAACAUCAUUCUUUUGAAUAGGAUACUCAAUUUUAAGAUAAACAAAUAAAAGGACUAAUAAUAUAUGAUUCACAAGUAGUUGGUGAAUCUCAGAAACCUAAGUUUGACCAAUGAUGAAGAAAACAUAUUCUUCAUAAUUAGAGUGAGCAUUAUAUUUUAGAAAGAGAAGUAACUUGUAAAUCAUAAUUAAUUAGCAUCCUGUAUUAUAAAAAGAAUGAUUACCAUACAAAGUAUUAAGUGGAUGUACUGUUUGAGGCAAUCAACAGUCCAGUAAAGAUUAAAUCUCUAAGAUUGUAAUUUGAUGCCAUAGAAAAGAUCUUAGAAAGGAGAUAUCAUAAUAAUUUAAAGCAGAUAAUAAAUUAAAUAUUUUUCUCUUAAAGGAAAUGCUGGCACAUGUUCUAUGAAUUCAUAGAUCAAAAGUUGAUGAUCAAUGAACAGAAGUAGCUUUAGGUUAAGAUGAAUAUAUUUUCAUUGCACGACGCUUAGAAGAUGGAGGCUUGUGGAAUGAAAUUGGGGUUCCUCAUAGAUUUGCAGACCAAGGUGAAGCCCUUCGCAAUUACUGAAAUAGAAAGAUACAUUUAUGAUGACACCUAAAAGAAGUUGGACUAUCAAUCCAAAUCACAAACUAUCCACAAUAGAGAGCAUAUGUUCGACAAACACUUUGCUUAAAUAUUCGGUGAAGAUAUUACAAAUAAUGAACAACAACAUUUUCAUCAAACUACCUUGAUUGACUUAGUGAAAAGGUACUAACCAAACAUAAAUGCAGAAGCUAAACAAGAAAUCAUUACAAAAAAGGUUGGGCCCAUAGUAAUCUAUUAAGAAAAUCCAUUUACUGAUGUGCAUAUUGAUGAUUUGGAGAAAUUGGAGUCCUAAUUUUUUAGCAAGUAAAAUCUAAAGCUAGACAAAAUCUAAAAGUAUAGAAUCCAAUUGAAACAUCUUUCCAUUCAAAUAUCCAUGGCUCAAAAACACAUAAUUUUGAUAUACCAUUAUAAUUAACGAUUGCAAAGGUUUCGGAUUAGUCCUUUCGAUGAAGAAGACAACUUAAUAUCCAAUAUUGUAUAACUUAUUCAAAAUGGCCCUACGUGUUGGAUCAUUUAGAUGCUAUAUAAGAAAAUUAGUCAAAGAAGUUUAAAGCAAUCUUUCAUUAGCUCCUAGUUAUCAGAUGGGCUAGAGUUAUUGAAAUACAAGAAAUCAAAAAGCUAAUUGGCUGAGAUUCCUUCUUAUAAUGUGUUGCAUUACUACAUCUUAAACAAUUAUAUGGUGCUCUUAAAAUAUUUUACUCUUAAAUAAUUCGUUAUAGUUCAGAAGAUUAAAAAUUACGGAAAAUACUAGAUAACUAUUAAGGUGUUCUUUAGAUGUUAAAAACCAGACAUUUUGGCUGAGAAUGAUUACUUUUUAAUGAGAAUAGACUUCUAAAACAUCAUGUUAAAGACAGGAAUGAUGAAGAUGAUCUUUAAUAAAUACGAUAUCACAGAAAUGUUGAAGAUAGAGAUACCAUAAAACAUGACAGAUGCAAAUAUAGUGCAAACUGCCAUGAACAUAUUUCAGAAAUGUCAUUUAGGAACAUUCACAUUAACCAAUGUUCCAUUUUUUGCCGUUAAUCAAGAUGAUCUUAAAUAAAACGAAAGUUAAAUAACACAUAAUUCCUAUGAAGACCAUUCUACUAAAAUUAAUGUUCAACAAAUCAGAAGAAUUGGCAAUUUCCCUGAAAAUACAACUUUCAAGAAAUCCGAUCUCUGCAAAGGAUUCUUAGAACAUUACAUCAAGAACAGUAGAUUAAUUGUUACUCACAUCAAAAAGUCUUACUUGAUUCAUUCAAUCUCAACUGGAUAAUUGAUUAAAAUAUCAAACAAUAAGGUGACUUAAUUAUUGAAUGAUUAACAAUAAAUAAUUGAUUACGUUUUAAUCCAAAUUUACAGACAUCUACUGCUGGACAUAUGGAUUGUCAAGGUAUACGUUCCAAAAACAACUAGAUAAAUGGUAGGGUUGUUGAGAUCUGAAGAUUUUAAAGAGAAUGAUGGCAAGGAUUUAAUGGAUAGUAUCAUCAUAUAUAAGAAGCAAGCUGUUCUGAGUUUUAAGGAUUUAGACUCCUUUACAGAUUUCACACCUAGGUAGAGUGUGAAUAUGUAGAAGUCAAAUCAUAGAUUCAGCCAACCUAGGAUAUCAUAAUUUCAUUCUCCUGCUGUCUCAAGUAUCUAAGCGUAGAAUCAAUUGGCCCAAUCUUAAGUCACCCCUUACUAUCUUAAUGAUUUCUUCUAUAUCACUAAAUUGGUGACUGAAUUCACAGAGUACCGCUUAGAGAACGGGAAUAAGGAACAGUACAUAAUAAAGGAGAAGCUAAUCUGGGUCAAUAUUAUUAACAAUAAUUUCUUAUUAGAACAACACCCCAAGCAAUAAAAUUGUUUUUUGUCUAUUAUGUUUGAUUAGAAAGAGAUAAACUUAUAAGAACUCCUCUUUUAGCGUUACAUCAGAAUUGAACGGGUUGGUGAAUCACACAUUGAAUUCUACAUGAAGUAUACCUAAAAGGCAGAUUAAUUAAAGGGUAUUGCACUUCUUAAAGGGAAAAUCAAUCAAUUGCAUUUGCAUAAUAGCAAAUUUCCGAGUAUAAUCAGCGAGGCUAAAUUGAAUGAGGAAUAGAUUAAAUUCUUGAAACGUACUUGUAUCUUCUUUCCUUUUGAUGCCAUAAGCUAUGCUAACACAUCCAAUUUCAAUAUUGAAUUGAAGUAUUUCUCCUAUAAUAAAUUUACUGAGGUCAAAGAGCAAAUAAAUUUGAGGGAAUUACUCAAUUUAUACAUAGCGGAUGGCUUUUAUAAAUACUAAACGAAUUAUAUGAAUUCCAAAUUGAAUCAUUCAGACAUUAUCAGUAUUUGUUAUUAUAUGAUACACAAAAUUAAGACUUAAAAUUUCUUGAAUUUGAGUCAAUAUCAUACGAUUCCCAAUUUAAAUCAAUUAAAAACACAGAAGUAAUCCAAUAAGAUAUAGAAACCAAUCAGAUUAUAAAUAAGGACCUUCAAAAAACCAAACAUUUUCAUAAUCUCACUACUCUACAAUGAAGUUCAAGUUUGUUGCACGAAUUGGAAGUCUUGCCAGCAAAUGAAUGAUGUAUUUUCAUUUAGUUAUCUAUCUGAACACAUAGCUCAUUUCAAAAAUCUAGUAGACAAUGAACCCAAAAUAGCAUUACAUAGGAUUGCAAAAAUAAUUGAUAAAUUAAUGAAUAUUAUAUUAAUAAAAUGA